AUGUGCCCAUUGGCAUCUAGACUGAAGAAGAAGAAGACGAAGACGAAGACGAAGAAGACGACGAAGACGACGACGACGACGACGAAGAAGAAGAAGAAGAAGACGACGACGACGACGACGCAGCAGCAGCGGCAGCAGCAGCGUCCUGCUGUACAUUCUAAAGUGUAUCCUAAUGGGAAGAAGGUGGCACCGGCCCCUUCAGUGGCCAAGAAACAUGAGGCCAAGAAAGUCGUCAACCCCCUCUUUGAGAAGAGGCCAAAGAACUAUGGCAUCGGCCAGGACAUCCAGCCCAAGCGUGAUUUGACACGCUUUGUGAAAUGGCCUCGCUACAUCCGCCUGCAGAGGCAGCGCUCCAUCCUCUACAAGCGCCUGAAGGUUCCCCCAGCAAUCAACCAGUUCACCCAGGCCCUGGACCGUCAGACCGCCACACAGCUGUUCAAGCUGGCCCACAAGUACAGGCCAGAGACCAAGCAGGAGAAGAGGCAAAGGCUGCUGGCCCGCGCUGAGCAGAAGGCUGCUGGAAAGGGAGAUACCCCAACCAAGAGGCCCCCUGUCCUCCGUGCAGGUGUGAACACCGUCACCUCCCUGGUGGAGAGCAAGAAGGCCCAGCUCGUCAUCAUUGGCCACGAUGUGGAUCCGAUUGAACUCGUCGUCUUCCUGCCAGCUCUGUGCCGCAAGAUGGGCGUCCCAUACUGUAUUGUCAAGGGCAAGGCUAGACUGGGCAGACUGGUGCACAGAAAGACAUGCACUUCAGUUGCCUUCACACAGACUAACCCAUAAGGGUGCACUUGCCAAGCUUGUGGAAGCCAUCAAGACCAACUACAAUGACCGAUAUGAGGAGAUCCGUCGUCACUGGGGAGGUGGCAUCAUGGGGCCCCAAGUCCACAGCCCGCAUCACGAAGCUGGAGAAGGAAAAGGCCAAGGAACUGGAAACCAAGCUUUGUUAAAUUGUUUGGAAUAAAAAAAUGUAUGUCCUGUCAUCUGUUUAUUAUUUACGACAAAAUAAACAUUACUUCAGAACAAA